AUGCCAGGCGGUGACGGAACCCCUGGUCAUAUGGCCAGAUUCAUCGGGGCCCAAUUAUUCGGGAACUGCCCCAAACCUACGCAGUCGUUUGCAGGGCAAACCGUCAUCAUCACCGGAUCAAACACAGGCCUGGGAUUCGAAGCGGCUAAGUACGUCGUGGGACUGGGAUGCGCUAAGCUCAUCAUCGCGGUACGUUCGGUUGAGAAAGGGGAAAGUGCCAAGCGCUCCAUCGUCCAAACCACCGGGUGUGAUCCGAAGGUCAUCGAUGUAUGGCCCAUCGAUCUCACCAGUUACGACAGCGUCAGGACCUUCGCGGAUCGCGUUGAUCGAGAACUUGACCGUGUUGAUGUUCUCUUAGAGAACGCGGCUGUCGCCUCAGUGGAGUGGAACUGGGUUCUAGACAAUGAGCGGAUGGUGACCGUGAACGUGAUUUCGACCUUCCUAUUGGCUUUUCUCGUGCUUCCCAAGCUCAAGGAAACGGCGUCCAAGUUCAAUACGAAGCCUCAUUUGACUUUCGUGACAAGUGACACGCACUUCCUGGUCGACUUCAAGGAGAAGGAUGCCCCCGAGGGUAUAUUUAACAGGCUCAACGACAAGACCAAAUCGAUCAAGAACCAGAGCGAACGAUAUCCAACAACGAAGCUGAUCCAGGUUUUCAUCGUUCGCGAGAUGGCUGCUCGCCUGGCCAAACAAUCUACCUCUGUCAUCAUCAACUGUACCAACCCCGGGUUGUGCCAAAGUGAGCUCUCCCGUGAGUUAGACGGGCUACAAAUCCGGGCCGCUAAGUUCGUGCUUGCGAGGACCGCAGAAGAAGGCUCACGAAACUUGAUUGCGGCGGCGGCUGGUGGAAAUGAAACCCAUGGCCAGUAUUUGGACAUGGGAAAGGUCAAAACUCCCGCAACAGUUGUAGUUGGCGCGGGUGGCGCAGAAACGCAAAGGCGCCUCUACACGGAGCUCAUGGAGAAACUGGAUAUGAUCGUACCGAGAGUCUCUGCCAAUCUAUAA